GGCUCGUCGCCAUUGUCGCUGUCUUGAGCUGUAGUCAGAGCGUGCAGUGAGACAGCUCUCUCCACGCAGCUGGGGUGUAAUAUUGUAACGGAUCGAGAGACCCCCCCCCCACCAGAGUGUUGUUUGACAGCCGUCGCCGGAUGAUGACGUAGCGAGCGACGUCAAGCCUAUUCAUUGGUGGAGAAGGAGUCGCAAGGGACAGGAGAAAGCGGAAGUGCGGAGGAAGCCGGCAAACAGCGUGACCACUAUAGCGGAGGAAGUGAAAGAGAGGCAGUGGAAACCCUCGAAACUAAGGAGCGGACCUCUGAGAGAGACUGAGUAAGCCCUGGCCGGUCGGGGACUGCGGAGUCGCUGCCGGUUGAGAUCGCCGACUGACCGCUUCAUUCAACCAAAUUGUAGUAACGCGCCACUUUACAUUAUCAAUACCGAUAACGGCGUUGUAACGAUGACAAAAUGGCCACACCCUCUAUGGAUGAACCCGAUUAUUCCAACGUCAACUAUUCAGAAACUCAGCGACCUGCAUCAAGCAGGCGAUCGGGGGUCACAUGGGAGCGAGUGGCCCUGCUGGUCCUCAGUGUUCUCCUGGCAGCUGCCCUCACAGCUCUUGGUGUAACCCUUCAUGAAAAUACUCAAACAAAGAAGAGACUCCAAAAAUAUCAAGAUGAGGCAAAAAUUCUCACAGAAAUACUCAGUGGGACAGAACCGAGCAAAGUGGAGCAGCCGACUAAACCUCCUUCAGUAAGAGAUGAAACAUGUCCGAGGUGUGAGGACGGCUGGGAGCCACAUGGAGGAAAGUGCUACUUCUUCUCCUGGGUUACUUCAUCCUGGAAUAAGAGUAGAAAACAAUGCACAUCAAUGAGUGGAGACCUGGUUGUGAUAAACAACAGAGAGGAGCAGAGAUUCCUGGUGUCUAGAGUGAGAGGGAAAAUGGAAAAAGAUGAGGAAAAGUUCUGGAUCGGACUGACAGACGCACAGAAAGAGGAUGAAUGGCUUUGGGUGGACGACACACGACUGGAUCCAAAUUUGACGUUUUGGCGUGAGGGCGAGCCAGACAACUGGGCAUGGGAUAAUCCUGAUGGACAGGACUGUGUGAGGAUGGGGGAGAAAGACGGAGCCACGAACCUGAAGACCUGGGAAGAUAAAUACUGCAAAUGGCCUCAUAAAUAUAUUUGUGAGAAACCAGAAAAAGCAUGAGCCUGAAAUCCAGUUGGAUCAGAUUGAGCUCGAGUCUUCAGCCACUUUCACAAACUGAGACAUGAUACUUUAUUAAUGAAGAUCUUCUCCAGACAUAAACAACUUUGAAUAAUAUCUAGAGUCUCAUAUGUUCUUCAGUUUCCUUGUUAUUUUAAGUGACAUCUACUCCUCCCUCAUAUAAAAUCUAUGAAUAUUAAAAAUUAUAUAUAA